CAAACAUUCAAUGUUGGACGGAGUCGGAGUGACGUGACGUGACACAAACACCGACGAAAACAGAAUAUCCCCGGCUAGCGAGCGCACCGCGCGUCUUUCCCGCGCUUUGCUCUCACCGUGAUUUUCCCGCGCACUGAAAUUAAAAAGUAAAAGAAAAAAGUUUCUGUUUUAAAAUAGUGACGUUUUCGUUUGGGAAGUGAAAAAGUGCCUGUCAGUGUUUUGUUUUUAAUUUUCCAGCCAGAGUCAAAGAAAUGCAGCUAGCACCGCCCGCGAAAUAAGCACCGCCUCCCGCCGUCAAUUGUUUCCCUUGCCUCAUCAUCAUCAGCCGCCACCAUGUGCAACCGCCUGCACUCGUGCUGCUGCUGCGUCUCCACCAGGAAUGGCUCCAUCGUCAUCGGGGUGCUGGGCAUCAUCAUGUCCAUCGCCACCAUACUGCUCAUGUGGCUGUCUCCGCCGAAUACUGUCAAGUUUAGCACGUUUAUAGCCUCGUUCGAUCAGCAUGACAUUCCAAAGAUAAUCGUCACCGUGAACCUUUGCUUCACGAUGCUCAUCUGUGGACUACUCAUAGUAGCCGUAAUCAAGAAGUCUGAUAAGCGUCGCUCCUGGCUGAUGCUUCCGUGGGUGGUCCUGGGCAUCGUGCUGGCCGUGGGUCUGCUCAUCAGCGUGCUGCACACCUCCAUCACCUACUACCUGUACGGGGACUCCCAGGAUGAGCAGAGGCCCGAGGGCGAGCGGCCCGACUACACCGUGCUGGCUACUAUCAUACUAGUCGGGGGACUGCUGUACUUGUGUUUCUACCUGUACCUGUGGACGGUGGUGUUCAGCCACUACCUGGACGUCCGUGACGAUGAGGAGAGGGGCCGGUACCGCAAGGCUCCUUACAGGCGGUAGAAAUGGAAAUACUGCUGACGCUACACGGGUUCCUUAUCGACGUAGAUAAACGUCAAUAUACCGCGAUUUGUCAUUAAUAUGGCGCAGUGAUUGGGGGCACGUGUAUUGAAAGAGUUUAUCGACGUCGAUAACGAAUCCGUGUAGCGGCGCUCGCUGGUGGCAAUGUUCAAAAGUAAUCUCUAUGUCUUUCAGUGUAAGGAAGGCUAGAUGGUGACUUUUAGGUGUCUCGAAAGAUGUUAUGUCCACUUGAUAUGUUUGUGAAAAAAAUAUGUACAGUUACAUUUCAGAUCUGGUCUCUUCGUUCUGAUCUUGCAUAUUCCUGCAAGAUGGGAACGAAGUAAAGUACCUCUAUCGGCAGAACUUCUGCAACUGAAACCUUUGGUGUAUCGCUGAAAACUUUAAGUUCUAGAUUUCUAGAUAAGUACAUUUCAUAUUUUUUUUCUAGUGAUGAAUGUUUCAAAUUAUUUGUUUACAACUAAUAGGGUUCUUUCUACCAAUAUCCAUGUAAUUUAAAAAUUCUAUUGUAGAUACUGCGGCAGAAAAUUUGCCUAGCAAUAUGUGUUGUUGCUUAAUUCCAAUUUCUGAUUUGCCACUGAAUGGUUUGGUUGGAAUCUCAUAAUAUGGUAAUCUCGACUUACAAAAUAUACAAACAUUAUCACCUACUGGAUAGCUAAAAUGGUUAAAUUUUUUUCUCGAAACCAUUGCACAAAUAGUCAGGAAUAACAAUUUUUCUACAAAGACUUAUUAUAAAUAUUAUAAUCUUUAUAAUUUUCUAUUUUGAUUGUGUCAAAGACUAAAACAAGGAACUAUGUAAUAAAAUACGAUACAUAAAGUUAAGUUACCAAAUAAUUACGAUAUUAAUUUAUUGUGUAGCUAUCUUCCUUAACUCUUGAAGUUAAUUUUUAUUAAUUUAUUUUUUAUAUUGAUGUUAACAAAGAAUAGUCGUUAAGUUAAUGUAAGUAAGAAUAAUUAAAGUAUAAUUAAUACAAA